AUGCAUCAACAUUGGAAGACUCUUUUUAUGCUGUCAACGCUCGCAUCGAGUAGUGCGGCAAAGGAUCUUCCAUUCGAUGCUCAUGUCAUCCUUCAGCAACCUGGUCUACCUACGGUGCUUAGCAAAAAUGGUACUGGCCCAGGGCUUGAUAUCCCGACCAAUCGCCCACACAGGUCCAUCGAUCUGAGUGAGAUUGUCCCUGCGCAAGAUUCUGCUGGCAACCAUCGUUGCUGUCCCAUUGGAACUGUCAACGACGGCACCGGCUGCGUUUUCCCUCAAUCUUCAGUGUGCCCUGAGGAUACCUACCUUGAUGGCAACAACUGCAUCAGCAAGAAACCGCCGAGUUGCCCAGAAGAUCUUGUCUUCAACGGUCGAAACUGCAUCGGCCCUGCGCCUACUUGUGCUCCUGGAAGCUGGUUCAAUGGCGAAGCCUGUGAAUCUGAGACUGGACCUGGAUGUAGUCAAGGCUUCAGGUAUGACGGCGGUGUUUGCAUUUCCCUCGCUGGGCCGGGAUGCCCUCCUGGAUUUACUCUCAAGAACCGGCUUUGCACCUCAAGUGUCCCGCCUCGAUGUCCCUCUCCUCUCAAAUUCGAGGACGGGAGCUGUGUUGGUUCCAAGCCCCCGUCUUGCCCUCCCAACACAAAACUUUUGGACAGUAACUGCAUUGGCAAAUCUCGUCCGUCUUGCCCUCCCAGUUACAUCAUAGAGAACAAUGUUUGUACUCAUAAGACCAAGCCGGAGUGCCCUGUUGGCUCCUACUUUGAUGGUUCUACUUGUGUAUCGAAGAAGCCCCCUUCUUGUGAGCCCGGCUUCUUCAAUGGCAAGAUCUGUGAAGACAAACCGUCCUGCCCACCCGAUUUUGACUUGAGGGGGAGAGUGUGUUCUUCUGAAAGCAAGGCCACUUGCCAGGUUGGCACCUAUUUCUCUACCGAUGAUACCAGUGGAAAAUCUGCUUGUUGCCACAAGAACUUCCAGUUCAAUGGAGAGAAGUGUCACAUGACAGCUGAGCAUGAAGAUGACUGCCCUCCAGGAGCCCACUAUGAUAAGGGGCGGUGCUGGGUUAGUCCUUUGACGGAGCCCGGAUGCCCUACUGGAGGAAAGUUCAACGGCAAGGUCUGCAUCGUUCAAUCUGUCCCAGAAUGCCGAUCUGGGACAUACACUAAUGGAAAGUGUCUUAUCUCUGAGGAUCCCACUUGCCCCGAUGGUGCUGUCUUUGACGGCGAAAAAUGCGUUAUGGAGAAGCGUGCGACUUGUCCUCCAGGCUCAUCCCUCAGUGGCAAGAAAUGUAUCUCAAGUCAUGAUCCAACCUGCGAGGCUGGCCAAAUCCUGAUUGGGGAUUACUGUACCUAUGAGAAGGGCCCUGAAUGCCCCGAUCCUUCAAUACUCGUUGGUAGAUACUGCAAGUAUCCUGAUCUUCCUUAUUGUGAGGAUGGUGCCGACCGCCACGGCAACGACUGCACAUCUCCAGUGACACCAGAUUGCCCGGCCGGAAGCUCUUUCAACGGCAAUAACUGUGUUUCGAAUAUUCGUCCUGAUUGCAAGCCUGGAUACUUCUUCAAUGGCUCCACUUGUGUUUCCAAAAAGGAUGGUCCAGGUUGUGCAAAGGGCAUGUACUUUGACGGUACCAACUGUGUGUCCAAAGAGCGUCCUGGGUGCAAGGAUGGCAGUACGUUUAACGGAAGUGAUUGCGUUGACGAAGCCGAUCCUAAAUGUCGCACCGGUCUAGUCUUUGAUGGCACCAGCUGCGUUUCCAAGUCCCCUCCUCGCUGUGAGCCUGGCACAAGCUGGAAUGGAAGCAAGUGUACUUCGGAUAAGAAUCCAAGUUGCAACCCCGGAAUGACUUAUAAUUCCGAGACUGAGACCUGCGACUCCGAUACCAAGCCGGGGUGUCCUACGGGUACUGAGCUUAGAGGCGAUAUCUGUGUGUCGAUCAAGCCGCCUACGUGCCCUGAGGGAACGACUCGAAAGGGCGGCAAGUGUGUGUCUGUUGACCCGCCCGAGUGCCCUCGCGGUCUUACUCCCAGCAAUGGUCUUUGCGUCUCUACCAAGCCACCUGGGUGUGGUGAAGGUACUAUCUUUGACGGCAAGCGGUGCGUCAUUGGCAAGACCCAGGAAUGCUAUACGUUGCAUACCUGCCCCCCUGUUGGUGCUGCUGGACUGUCUGCCCAGCCUGCCCAGCCUGCUCUAGCUGCUCAGUAG